CAAGAUUAUGAUGAUGAUAAUAAGAGAUUAUAUUCAGGAUCUAGAGAAACAGAAUAUGAUGCUUCUCAAAUACUUUUUAGUUUUUUAAUUGAAAAUGUUUCUGUAAAACAAAUAAUUCAAGUUUAG